AUGGCUACCACGCAAAUCACCUAUCGAACAGCCAAAGGUGUUGGCGUUUUGAAUGCUGCUCCUGAAUACCAGCCACUGCCAGGUUUCACAGGACCUGAAGGAAACAUCAGGUGCUGUGUCUACUCUCCUUGCGGCCGAUAUCUUGCUUGGGCUGAUACUCAGAAAGUAUAUGUGAUCAAUGCCGAUACCGCUCAUGUUGUGACAACCCUUCCAACUGACAAUGUUUUCGAGCUUGGCUUUUCUCCGAAGGGAACAUAUAUCAUCACCUGGCAGAGAUCUUCCAAGGAUGAAGCAGGAGAUGCUGUUAAGAACUUGAAAGUCUGGAGAGUAGAAGAAGACACGACCGAUUCUGAGAAGGAGACCGUUGGUCGGUUUGUUCAGAAGAGUCAGACUGGCUGGAAUCUGCAGUACACCUACGAUGAACGGUUCUGCGCACGAGUCGUAACCAACGAGGUACAAUUCUAUGAGAGCCAUGACCUGACCAAAGUCUGGAACAAACUGCGAGUCGAGGGUGUGGCCGACUUUGCUGUGUCUCCGGGUGAGAAUCAUAGCAUUGCCGUCUUUGUGCCGGAAAGAAAGGGUCAGCCUGCUGCUAUCCGAGUAUUUAACGUCCCGAACUUUACCACACCUAUAUCGCAGAAGAAUUUCUUCAAGGGAGACAAGGUGCAGCUCAAAUGGAACGAUGCAGGCACCUCCCUGAUUGUUUUGGCACAGACUGAGGUCGAUAAGACCGGCAAGAGCUACUACGGAGAGACCACUAUGUAUCUGCUAAGCGCUAAUGGCGGCUUCGAUUCGAGGAUUGAUCUUGACAAAGAAGGACCUAUCCACGAUGUAACCUGGUCUCCUAAGUCCAAUAGCUUCGCUGUUGUCUACGGAUACAUGCCAGCAAAGACUGUGAUCUUCAAUGCCAGAGCCAAAGAAGUCCACGCCUUUCCGCUUGGUCCACGAAACACUGUACUAUUCUCACCACACGGUCGUUUCAUGUUGUUGGCUGGCUUCGGCAAUCUAGCAGGUCAGAUGGACAUCUACGACCUCGAAAAGGACUACACCAAGGUUUGCACUAUCGAAGCCAGCAACGCCAGCGUCUGCGAAUGGUCGCCUGAUGGCAGACAUAUCCUUACAGCCACCACCUCACCACGUCUGCGAGUGGACAACGGUGUACGUAUCUGGCAUGCUUCUGGUCCACUAAUGUACAAUGAAGAUAUAAAUGAAUUGUACCACGUCUGCUGGCGACCACAGCCCAGCUCAGCACACCCAUUACCCGAGAAUCCCUUUUCACAGGUUCCAGCACCUCAUUCUAGCGCCACCGACUACCUUGCAACAAAGAAGACACCAAGCAAACCUGUUGGUGCAUAUCGACCACCAGGCGCACGAGGACAGAUAACGCCUCUUGCCUUUAAGCGCGAGGACGAAGGUGGCGCUGCCUAUGUUCGAGACGGCACCUCCGCUUUCUCGAGUAAUGUCAAUGGUUUCGGCAAGCCAAGAUCCAGAGUCGUGCCUGGUGCUGAGCCUACCGAAAAACUUCCUCCAGGUGCUGCCUCAGCAGGUACCAGCCAACCCAGCGCAACUGAGGCGACUGAUGGACAGACGCUAUCCAAGUCUGCAAAGAAGAAUGCGAAAAAGAGAGAAGCCAAAAAAGCCGCUGGCGAUGGCACAAAUCAGCCAGGCUCGGGGACCCUGACUCCUGAGGUUGCCAAUGGUCAAGCCAGAAACCCGAACCAGCAGCACCAACGCAGUCGAAGCAAAGGUGCUCAGCAAAAUGUGCCCUCCUUAGGCGAGGACAUACCUACUGGCCCACGUAAUGGUCGCAGCCGCAGCUCAAGCCGACGCAAUACUCAAUCGCAGCCUAAUGGACUCACGCACCGACCUGUCAACCAUAAUCAGAAACCCAAGCAAGUUACUGCCCCAGCUCCUGUUGAUACCACACCAUCUCCUCCUGCAGCACCUGCUGAUGCACCUGCCAUCGACGUCACAAGUCCAACAACACCCGGUGCGGGUGGUGACUCGAAGGAGAAGAAGAUUAGAGGUCUGCUAAAGAAGAUGAGAGCCAUUGACGAUCUGAAGAUGAGGCACGCUGGUGGCGAGAAACUAGAAGACACUCAGGUCAAAAAGAUUGGCACAGAGGACGGAGUCAGAAAAGAGCUGCUUGCACUUGGUUGGACUGGUUGA